AUGUUUGGCACAAUUCAAGUGCAAACUCUGUCUCACGAAUCGAUGCGGUUAUCAAAUGCACUCAAUCUGGUCUGUUUGACCCAAUACUGCGAAAUGUCAAUACGCGAGGGAAAGGUAUCUCUCAUCACAUGUCCGGACGGGUCGUGUCCUGAAUACGAGAACAAAAGCAAUUUGAUAUCCGCGCGAGAGAUCCAACUCCUGGUGUCCACCGAUGUGUACGACUCCUACAAACGCUAUCGCCUU